UGCAGGAAAACGAGGGACAGAGCUCCGGGGGUCCUCACAGAGCAGCCCCGACCCCCGCCCCGGGCGGAAGGGCGGCGGAAGGGCGGCCCCGGUGGAGCGGCGGGCGGGGGCAGGGGCGGGGAGGGGACGGCGGCCCCGCCGGCUCUGCCCCUUGGCCGGGGCUCGGCGGAGCGCAGCCGCCCCUCGCCGCGCCCCCUCCCCGGCAGCCGGAGCUCGGCAGAAGCCGGCGGGAGCCCGGCGGAGCCGCCGAGCCCGGAGCGCGCAGCGGAGCCCGGCGGGGAUGCGGGAGGCGGCGAGCGGCUGAGGAGGACCCGGCUCCGCGGGAGCCGGGCGGAGCACACACCCCCCGCUUCCCCUUCGCUUCCAGCCCCACUGGAUUUGGGAAUUUAAGAUCUAUCCGAGCGCCUUGGGAAUUAUUAUUAUUUUUUUUUAUUGUUCUUUUUUUUUUUUUCCCUCCUUAUUUUUAACAUUUUUUUUUUUUUUGGCACACGUGGAGGAGCGCGUGGAUUUCCUACCAUGAUCUUGGCAAACGCCUUCUGCAUCGUCCUCUUCGUAGAUGAAAUCCUGCGCUCGCUGGCCGGGCCCCCAUCGCCCCCGGGGCUGGCCCCACCGGGGUGGCGAGCGCCCGUGGACUGCGUGCGAGCCAACGAGCUGUGCGCGGGCGAGCCCAGCUGCAGCUCCCGCUACCGCACCCUGCGGCAGUGCCUGGCCGGGCGCGACAGGAACACCAUGCUCGCCAACAAGGAGUGCCAGGUGGCCCUGGAGGUGCUGCAGGAGAGCCCCCUGUACGACUGCCGCUGCAAGAGAGGCAUGAAAAAGGAGCUGCAGUGCCUUCAGAUCUACUGGAGCAUUCACAUGGGGCUGACCGAAGGAGAGGAAUUUUAUGAAGCCUCCCCUUACGAGCCGGUCACCUCUCGUCUCUCUGAUAUAUUCAGACUCGCUUCAAUUUUCUCAGGAAUGGACCCGGCCACCACCUCCAAGAGCAACCACUGCCUGGACGCGGCCAAGGCCUGCAACCUCAACGACAACUGCAAGCGCCUGCGCUCGGGCUACAUCUCCACGUGCAGCCGCGAGCUGUCGGCCACCGAGCCCUGCAGCCGCCGCAAGUGCCACAAGGCCCUGCGCCAGUUCUUCGACCGCGUGCCCGGCGAGUUCACCUUCCGCCUGCUCUUCUGCUCCUGCAAGGACCCGGCGUGCGCCGAGCGCCGCCGCCAGACCAUCGUCCCCUCCUGCUCCUACGAGGACAAGGAGAAACCCAACUGCUUGGAUCUGCGUGGAGCCUGCCGGGCGGAUCACCUGUGCAGAUCCCGCCUGGCCGAUUUCCACACCAACUGCCAGGCCACCUUCCAGUCCCUGACCAGCUGUCCUGGGGACAACUUCCAGGCGUGCCUGGGCUCCUACGCGGGGCUCAUCGGCUUUGACAUCACCCCCAACUACGUGGACGCCAGCACCACCAGCAUCACCAUCUCGCCCUGGUGCUCCUGCAAAGGCAGCGGGAAUAUGGAGGAGGAGUGUGAGAAAUUCCUGCGGGAUUUCACGGAAAAUCCGUGUCUCCGAAAUGCCAUCCAAGCUUUUGGGAAUGGGACUGACGUGAACCUGGCUCCCAAAAAUCCCAAUCCAGCCGUGACGGUGCCGCCGAAGGCGGAGAAGAGCCCGGUGCUGCCGGACGACGUCAACGACAGCAACACCGUGUACGACAUGAGCGUCAUCAGCACCUGCACCUCGCUCCAGGAACAAGGCCUGAAACCCAACAAAUCCAAGGAGCAGAACCUGUGCUACUCCGAGGCGCAGCUGACCACGGAUGUGAUGCCAGACCAGAAGACUUUCACGGAUCCCAAGGCGGGAAGCAGCCGGCACCGGGAGAGCCAGAUCCUGCUCCUCAUUCCCAUCCUGAUCCCGGCACUGGGGUUAUAG